AUGAACACCAGCCCCAAAGUCAUGAGUGAAGUUAAAUUUCCAUGUCACGGCCGGGGUGCUCUAGGUGCCGCGCGGAGCGUGCGGGCCGCGGUCGGCAGCCUGCGCGCCAUCUCUGCAGCCAGCGCGUUCUGCUCGCAGCGGCCCUGGGGACUGCGGGCGGGUGCCGGCCGGGCGCUGCGCACCGGCCCUGCUCUGCUGUCGGUGUGGAAAUUCACAGAAAAACAUGAAUGGGUAACAACAGAAAACGGUGUUGGAACAGUGGGAAUCAGCAAUUUUGCACACGAAGCUUUGGGAGAUGUUGUUUACUGUAGUCUGCCUGAAGUUGGGACAAAGGUGAACAAACAAGAGGAGUUUGGAGCUUUGGAAAGUGUGAAAGCUGCUGGUGAACUCUAUUCCCCUCUAUCAGGAGAAGUAACUGAAAUUAAUACAGCUCUAGCAGAAAAUCCAGGACUUGUCAACAAGUCUUGUUAUGAAGAUGGUUGGCUGAUCAAGAUGACAUUCAGUAACCCUUCAGAACUAGAUGAACUAAUGAGUGAAGAAGCAUAUGAAAAAUACAUAAAAUCUAUUGAGGAAUGAAAAUGGAACCCCUAAAUAAACUACUUUGAAACAACUUAAUCUA